CGAGCCAACUACAGCACCGUUGGAGGUGCGCAGCUCGCCGACUGCGGCUCCAGUCUCGGCGUCACAGACACCGCAGGCGAGACGUUCGUCUUCGUCGCGUUCGGCGUCGCGCGGUCCUUCGCCAUUCCCGAGUGCGAGGACUUCGGCUACUCGCACUUCUUCGGGCGCAUCGG